CUUCGAGGGACGCUCACCUAGCUAUAGCAUAGAAGCAAUGCUAGAUUUGUUUCUUCCGUCCAGAAGCUGGAACAAAGGAAAGAAUAGGAAAAUGUAGAGCCUGGUCAACCUCUAGAACCGAUUCUCCGCGUUCCAGGGGGCUGAUUUGAGGCGCGAGAUUUCGCUGUGGGCAGCUUCACAGAUUCUUGCCGUGGGCGGUAGGGCUCGCCGCAAAGCCACAGCUCGGCCGCUGCCACUAAAGACCAAUCUCUAGGAGCCCUAAAUUGGACGAUUGGCGUGCUUUUAGGGUUCCUCCACUCUACCGGUGGGGGCUCGAUCGAUCGAGGUCGCGGUAAGGGGCCAGUGUUGUUUCUUGUUAAGCGUCAAUGGAUGCUCCAGCAGAUGCCGCCAUCGGCAAAUCUGCGUCCUACACCUACUGGGUCCGCGAGGCGACUUGCCAAGCGGAAGUCCCUCGCAAGCUCACGGCCGCCGAGGGGGAUUCGCUCGUCUCGCGGCAAAAUCGCGUCGGCUCGGCGUGGAAUCAGCUGGGGACAUGGGAGGAGAAGAACUUAAAUUCGUGGGCAAUUGCGAGGUUAAAGGAAAUGCUCCUUGCGCUGGAACCGAUCGAGUACGCUGAUGGAUCGGCUCGAGUCACGGAAGUUGUGGGCUGCAGUGGAGAUGCCACAGUCGUGACGGUGCGUAACAAGAAGCGCAUUGGGUAUUCCUUCGACAUCACUCUAGGAUUCCAAGGGAGCUUGCUGUUCGACGAAUUCAAGGACCUGACGGGAACUCUCAAGUUCCUGGACGCAUCUUGUGGCGAGCUGGACGAUCUCCAGAUCGAGGUCGACUUCACCAAGGACGAGGGCCUGCCCGCAGCGGAGAAGAACCGGCUCGCCAAGGAACUCGAGUCGUUUUUGCCGAGAAUUCGCGAGACGCUGCUCAGCUUUGAGCACGAGCUCAAAGACCGGUAGCGGAGCAACUUCGGCCAGGAAUUUGAAGAUGUGGCUCGGAAGGACGACGUCCCGUAGCUCAUCUCAUAGUUUCCUGAUCGAUUCAUUAUAGUUUCCACCUCGCCGAUUUGUUCUCGUUCACUUCCUGGAAAAUCACAUUACUGUUUUAUUUAAACAGAAAAAGUUUCUUCGUACCA